UGGUAAAAAAAAGAUCAACUCAUUGCUAGUUGUGCCGUGGGAGCUGUGGGAUAAACCUUCACAGUGAGAGGCAAACUGGGAAAUAUUUCUAUUUAUUUACCCCACUUCUUUCCUCUUGGCUUGCUACAAAAAAAUGAGAAAGAAAAUGGAAAACAGACAAAUUUAGCAUCCAAGCAGCCAGAGUGUCUUGACAACACGCUUGUUGAGAAGACUCUCCGUGGCUAAUGUGACAUAUUAAGGGUGGAAUCUCGGGACAACUGGUCACGCAAACACAAAGGAUGGAUAGAGUGAACCGUGUGUUGAACAUCGUAAGACAGAUGUCUCCCAGGAAACGGGAAAGGGGGUCACAUUGGGAGGCGGAGAGCCCCGAGACCUGCGAGGAAAGUCUGUGCUCUCUCAGCCUUUGCAUUAGCGAUGAUGGGCCGUACUCUAAAGGAAACAAGGAUUCAACAGGGCCUGAUAACUCGCUCACAUCCAGACGACAAAGCAUCCCAGAGAUGCGUGGGGUUACACUGGUUGAGCUGAUUAAGAAAGAGGGCAGCACUCUGGGUCUUACCAUCUCAGGCGGCACAGACAAGGAUGGCAAACCCCGCGUCUCCAAUCUACGGCCGGGUGGACUUGCAGCUAGGAGUGAUCAACUCAAUGUGGGCGACUACAUCAAGUCGGUCAAUGGCAUCAACCUGACCAAACUGCGUCAUGAUGAGAUCAUCAGUCUGUUAAAGAACAUAGGAGAGCGUGUCGUGCUGGAAGUGGAGUAUGAACUGCCUUCAGCUGCUCCAGACAGUACAUCAGGUGUUAUUUGCAAGACAAUCGACAUCUGUUUGCAGAAAGAGGGCAACAGCUUCGGCUUUGUGAUGCGAGGUGGCACCCAUGAGGACUGGCACAAAACUAGACCUUUAGUGGUGACACAUGUACGACCAGGUGGCCCUGCCGACAGAGAAGGGACAUUCAAAGCAGGCGAUCGGAUCUUAAGUGUGGAUGGCGUGCCUUUACACAGUGCCAGUCACAGCGAUGCCCUGACUGUACUUACCCAGUGUGGCCAGGAAGCCCUGUUCCAGAUCGAGUAUGAUGUCUCCAUCGUGGACUCUGUGACAAACGCUUCAGGUCCAAUGUUGGUUGAGAUCGCCAAGGCACCUGGAGCGAGUCUGGGAAUUACUCUGACCACAGCCAUGCACAGGAACAAGCAAGCAAUCGUCAUUGACAAGAUUAAACCCGGCAGUGUGGUGGACAGGUCAGGAGCAUUACACUUGGGUGAUCAUAUCCUGUCUAUAGAUGGUACCAGCACAGAGCACUGUUCAGUUCUGGAGGCAACACAGCUGCUGGCCAGCACCACUGAUCAGACCAAACUAGAGAUCCUGCCCGCACACCAAACACGCCAACCCGGGAAACCCCAGGACACUGUGAAAGUCCAGAAAAGUGACCACCCUCACUGCUGGGACCCCUGUGUGAACUACUGCCAUACUCAACAUCCUGGUCAUUGUAAAACAGCAACAUGGACGUCUGCUUCCAGUAACCCAUCCAGCUCUCAGGAUUACUGCAAAUCGGUAGUCUGCAGUAACUUCUCCCCUGGCUCCACAACCACAUCGGGCAUAACCAGCCAGGGUUCCAGCACGCUGCCUCGCCCCGCCCCUCCCAUGAGCCCCCGCAACUCCAUGCUGAAGAGAAGACAGAGGAAAAAAGAGUACAAGAGCUCCUCUGUGUCUUUAGCCUCAAGUUCUGUGGGCCCUGGUGGUCAGAUAGUUCACACAGAGUCCAUUGAGGUCACUCUGAGAGGAGACCCUCUAAAUGGGUUUGGGGUUCAGCUACAAGGUGGAAUAUUCGCAACGGAGACCCUCUCUGCACCCCCUUUGAUCCGCUUCAUAGAGCCCGACAGCUCAGCCGAAAGGUGUGGGCUGCUUCAGGUUGGAGAUAGAGUCUUAUCCAUCAAUAGAAUUCCUACAGAAGAUGGAACGCUGGAGGAAGCCAAUCAGCUGCUCCGAGAUGCUGCUCUGGCCAAUAAGGUCACUCUAGAGAUUGAGUUUGAUGUGGCAGAAUCAGUUGUGCCUAGUAGUGGAACAUUCCAUGUGAAACUCCAGAAGAAGAGAGGAGUAGAACUGGGAAUCACUAUCAGUGCCAGUAAGAAACCAGGAGAAGCUCUAAUCAUUUCUGACAUUAAAAAAGGCAGCAUGGCCCACAGAACAGGAACUCUGGAGCCCGGAGACAAGCUGCUGGCCAUAGAUAACAUCCGCCUGGAAAACUGCUCCAUGGAGGACGCUGUCCAGAUCCUUGAGCAGAGUGAAGACCUGGUCAAACUCAAGAUCCGCAAGGACGAGGACAACUCAGAUGAGCAGGAGGCGUCCGGCUCCAUCAUCUACACGGUGGAGCUGAAACGGUAUGGUGGCCCGCUGGGCAUUACUAUCUCUGGCACAGAAGAGCCCUUUGACCCCAUAAUCAUCUCAGGCCUGACCAAGAGGGGUCUUGCUGAGAGGACUGGAGCCAUACAUGUUGGAGAUCGAAUCCUGGCCAUCAACAACGUCAGCUUGAAGGGUAAACCGCUCAGUGAAGCCAUACACCUGCUACAGAUGGCAGGAGAGACCGUCACCCUCAAAAUCAAGAAACAGACAGACACACCAGAUGAUCAAAAGAAAGACAGUGAUCUUGAUAACGAGCUCAGCGAUAACGAGGAUGAGAUGACAGACUCGCAGAAGACAAAUAAACUGUCAGAGAUUUAUUCCACCACCAUCCCCAGUGUGGACUCAGCGAUGGAGUCAUGGGAUGGCUCGGGAAUUGAUGCUGGUUAUAGCAGUCAAGGUGCCUACAUCCAUCAGGCUGCUGGCAUAGCGUUACACCCUCACGAGUGGCGUAGCACCAAACAGAGAAACAGCACCCCUCCUUCCACCCGCCGCAAAAACUACCCCUUCAGCGACGGAGGCUUCAGUGAAGAUGAUUGGGACAAGGCUACUGGACAUGCCAGCCAGACUCAUACCGAUAGUCUGAUAAUGGAGCAGGAAGACAGUUUCUGGUGCCAGGCCCUGGAAGACCUGGAGACAUGCGGGCAGUCCGAGCUACUGCGUGAGAUUGAGGCUUCGAUAAUGACUGGCAGUGCCCUCAGUCUGGGUGUAGAGGGUGGAAAGGCCCACAGCAAAACAGUCAGCCAGCCCCACCUCAGCCCUCUGCGGAAGAACCCACAUCUUCACAAUGAGACCAAGAAUAAGAGCACACUCCGCAUGUCCGAAAAGACCUGGGAAUCACGGAGAAUCAAAGAAGAGAUACAGGACAUCCUGUCACCCACACCAUUAGAGCUUCACAAGGUGACAGUGAUGAAAGAUCCAGAGAGAGAUGACUUUGGGUUUAGUGUGUCUGACGGUUUCUUGGAAAAGGGUGUUUAUGUGAACAUGAUCAGACCAGAGGGCCCAGCAGACCGUGCCGGACUCAAACCCUACGACAGGAUUCUCCAGGUAAACCAUGUGCGGACACGUGAAUUCGACUGCUGCUUGGCCGUGCCUCUCAUCACAGAAGCCGGAGACAAACUUGAGUUGGUGAUUAGCCGAAACCCGUUAACACAGCCGGGUGUCGCCCAGACCAACGAAUGCCAUCCCCACUUCACAUCUGUAGGCCAUUCUCGUGAGCACCAGACCAGCAUGCUGGACCUGUGACCCUUAAGAAACUCAAACUGUUACACACUGGACCAUUUGUUGCAACAGACUAUCAUUAUGAGCCAUGAUUUACUGUUUUCAUUACAAAAUUAUAAUGAACUGAUAUAUCUAGGAUUCAAAAGAUUAUACGGAGGGAUCAUGGAGGCUCUAUACAGAACUAUAAAAGAUUUGAGCCACAGUUUUCUGAAAAGGAUCUGAGCCAGUUUUUCUAAAUAUAUAUAUAUAUAUAUAUAUAAAAAACAAAAAUAACACAAAAUAAAGUACUUGGACUACUACAAUGCAUACUGUAUAAGAACUUUGCUCCAUCCAAUGCAAGUUAAAAAAAAAAAAUGUUUCACGUUUUGUUUAGAUAGCAAACAAAAAAAGUUUUUUGGUAUUUUUUUCUGUAUUUUAUUUUUAUUUUUUUUGUAUUUCUUUGUUGCUGGACUUGAAAGGACUUUGCCCAAUCUAAUGGAAAUAACAUAAUUGUUUUUUGUUUUUUUUGUUUGUUUGUUUUAUUUUUUUGUUUGUUUUUUUUGCUGGACUUGAAAGGACUUUACCCCAACUAAUAAAAGUUUUUAUUUAUUUAUUUAUUUAUUUAUUUUGCUGGACUUGAAAGGACUUUGCCCCAUCUAAUAAAAGUAUUUUUAUUUUAUUUUAUUUUUUAUUGUUUGUUUGUUUGCUGGCUUGAAAGGACUUUGCCACACCUUCUGCAAGUAAUUUUUUAUUGUUUUGUGUUUUGUUCUGUGUUAUUUUAUUACUGGACUUGAAAGGACUUUGCCCCAUGUAAUAAAAUAUUUUAUUUUUUGUUUGUUUGUUUGUUUCUUUGUUUUUUGUUUUGCUGCUGGCUUGAAAGGACUUUGCCACACCUACUGCAAGUAACAUCUUUUUUUGUUUUGUUUUGUUUACUUGAAAGGACAUUGCUCUAUUUAAUGCAGUGUUUUAUUUUUAUUUUAUUUGUUAUUUUUUUUGCUGGACUUGAAAGGACUUUGCCCCAUCUAAUGCAAGUAGCAUAUUUAUUUGUAUUUUAUCUUUUUGUUUUGUUCUGUUUUCUUUGUGUUGUUUUGUUUUGUUUACACAAUAAACGUACUGCUUAAUUGUUUUUUUUUUAUUUUUUAUUAUUUUUUUUUUUUAAGAUAACAAUAAAUAUACUUUGUCCAAAUGUUUACAAAAGAGAAAAUGAUUCAGCUUUUGGAGUAGAUCCAUGGUAGACUUCAGUGUUUCUAUGUCCUUGUAUUUCCUUUUUCAGCAACAGUGUUUUAACGAAAAGCGAUCUCCAUAUUUAAUUCCAAAUUUAGCUUUUUUGCAUUUCAGUCCUGGCUGAGUCAGUCACAAGGUGACUGCCAGCUGCUCAAAAAAGUGAAAAGCUGUUUGAUAUCGGCAACAAAGACUUCACAGCCACUCAUGUCAACACCACGUGAAGUCACACGGUUCCUGUACUUUAUUUUCUUGGGCCAUACACAUUUACUUGCUCAAGGCACAUUCGUUUCUCACAGUUCUGACCUUACACACUUCCUCAGGCAUUUGUGAGAAACUGUGAAAUGAGAAGCAAACUAUAACUUUGUCGAUGCUUUUUGUAGUGUGCAGUACACACUUACAUUACCCACAUCCUUAAACAACACCUUAUACUCCCAUGCAGCAAUAAAUUCAAGGCCUGACAUGUUUCCUAUUGACAUUUUGAAAACCUUAGGGCCGAUUUUACUAAAGAGUUGGUACACUUCUGUAUUUCAGCACAAAAACCUGCAAGCUUAUUUACUAACCUUUCACAAUAUAGCUUACUGUGCUAAGUACAAUCAUAGCCCUAUAUUCUCAUCCCACUUUCCUCUCCAUAUCUAUUAACACCAAACUGUUGCCACUAAUUAGUAUUCACACCAGUCUCUGCAUAUGUCCGGACAUCAAGGACACUUCAUGUACUGUGACAAUAGACUGUUGCCAAGCUGUCAUUUGCCACCACUGGCCAAAUAUCACAAAUGUUUCCGCUAGAGGCUAUUUUGGACUCACCGUCCCUUAGAGUGUUUGUAAAACCGUCACAUCGUUAACUCAUGUUUGGCUUUUCUCUGGGCUCCAGCUGUAACAAAGGUCACAUCUUUGUGGUCACACUGUCCCAAAGUCUAUUAACCUCCACUGAUCAUUUAUCUAGUGUUUCACAAAAUCAUUGGUGGGUUGUGGUCAAAUAUAUAGUGGGGUUCAACAGUCCACACUGAAAAUCUGGGAUGCAAAAUAUAAUUUGAACAUAAAAAUAAAGUUUUAGGAUUUUGGAAAAAAAAAAAAAAAAAAUGGAAGAAAUAUUAUGAUGUCAGACUUUGAUCAGAUUUAUUUAUUUAUUUUACAAAAAUAGUAUUAUUGGUUCACCUUAUAACCCAAAGUAAAUUCCGGUUCCGGAACCAAAAAUGUCAGCAAUAGAUUUUAUUUAUUUUGCUUUCAAACAUUCUUCCCACACUUCAAUGUCUAUUUUUGGGAUAAUUUCUCUAUGUUCCUUGAAUAUGAUCCCAUCCACACCAGAACACUUAUUCUCUGCAAUUCUGUGGAUUAGAUGAGUUCAUUUAUUUUAUUUCUGGAAAUCACAAACAAAAUCUAUUUGUAGAAAGCUCUCAGGAGCGAAUUCACUAAACAGUUGCACCACUUUUUUCGUGUGGUAUUUCAGCUCUGAAAGAUGUGUCUUAUUUUCUAACGACCCGCAAACUAGUACAAGCAGCCGCAAGUAUUUAAAUGAAAUCAUUAUCAUUCCAUUCAGUGCUAGUCAAGCACACUUUCGGCAUGUUAAAGAGAUGAUUCAGGUGUCAGGAUCACAGUAGUGGAGUGGUGCUGCAUCCUCAACUAUACAGACCUGAGAACCAACCCGUAAGAUCAGAAUUGUGGUUGUGCAAACUGCGUUUACCACAGAUUUUGUGGGCACAUUGGGUCGUUGCUUGAUCUUAAACCAGUGCAGACAGCGUGUGCAAAUAAACAGCACUAUUACUGGACGCAAUUCAAUCUUAGUGAAUACCCCACUCAUUGUUCUAAAGACUUGGUUUCUUUUCAGUCGAACAGUCAGAGCCUGUUUGAGCCCAUCGCAUUAGAAGUCUACCCAAGGUUCGCUCCUUGGCCUCUGCAAGUUCCUGUCUGUCUUAUAUAACUCUACCAACUGCUUGCAAAAAGUAACCACAAAAAAUAAGACCGUUAUUUAUUUGAGAUCUCAAAAUUUAAGGUCUGCAUUGCGGUAGACCAGGUUGCCGCAUUGCAAGACGAAUGCCAGCAAGCAAAGUUAUAUCUUGAUACAGCACAAUUUGAGGGACAAAUUUGAUGUUUUCUUUUCUUUUUCAGAGCAUUUUAACCAUAGCAGUAGUCUAUGUAAGUAUUUUAACAUAUUGUACAUACUAUUCCAGGAGGAAAAACAAUGGAGUUGCUUUUAUAUGUGCAAUACUGAGGCCAUAGACAGACGUUUAAAGGAUUUUACAUAGGAUUUAUAAAUCUCCAAUGUGUUCAUCCCUAUGCAUUUUGAAUUCCUGACCAAUGUAUGCAUUGAUAUUAAUGUGUAUUUUUGAAUGUGUAAAAUGAAAGUUCUUUUCUCUGUACAGUAUUUUUGUAUGAACUCUAAACCUUGCUGUUUCCACAGCGUAUUGACGCACAAUGAUGAAAGAGAACUGAUUAUGACGUCUAUUCUGUUUGGGCUUGACUGGUUUGGUGUUGAAACACAUUCCUUGUCAAUACGGGAAUGUGAUUAUGAAAUCAUUUUCUAAAAAAUACAUAAAAAAAUACAUCAGAAUAAAAAAAGGUUAA